AUGGCAUCUAAGCAGAUUGACGUUGAUGUUCUGGUUAUCGGCGCUGGUCCGACUGGACUGGGGGCUGCCAAGCGUCUGCAGCAGUUGAACAGUGCCUCGUGGUUGAUCAUCGAUUCAAACGAAAAGCCCGGUGGUCUAGCCUCGACCGACGUUACCCCGGAGGGCUUUCUCUUCGACGUAGGAGGCCAUGUCAUCUUUUCCCACUACAAGUAUUUCGACGAUUGCCUCGAGGAAGCCCUCCCCCGAGACGAGGACUGGUAUGAACACCAGCGUGUUUCCUACGUCCGCUACCAAGGUCGCUGGGUUCCCUACCCCUUCCAGAACAACAUUUCGGUACUUGAUAAGGAGGAUCAGGUCAAAUCUAUCAGCAGUCUGAUUGAUGCAGCCCUGGAUGCUCGCGCUCGUGUUGUUACAGAUAAACCUGCGAACUUUGAUGAGUGGAACCGUCGCAAUGUUGGGGAACAUUUGAAUGAGAUUUUUAUGCGGCCAUACAACUUCAAGGUCUGGGCGGUUCCUCCCAGCAAGAUGAAUGCCACUUGGGUUGGAGAGCGUGUUGCUGCGCCUAAUCUCAAGACAUUGACCAACAAUGUUAUUCUCAACAAAGUUGCGGGCAACUGGGGCCCUAAUGCCACUUUCAAAUUCCCAGCCCGAGAUGGCACUGGUGGCAUUUGGACGGCGGUUGCCAACACCAUUGCCAAGGAUAAAACUCGCUUUGGAGACCAUGGCAAGGUGAUAAACGUUGAUGCCGACGCCAAGAAUGUCUACCUUGCAGAUGGAACCGUUGUCCACUAUGGCUCGCUCAUCUCUACAAUGGCCGUAGACUACCUGGCCGAAGCUUUAGGUGAUACUCAGUUGCAACAGCUAUGCAAGCCACUGUUCUACUCCUCCACUAAUGUUAUCGGAAUCGGCGUUCGUGGUACACGCCCCGAGCGUAUUGGAGACAAGUGCUGGCUCUACUUCCCCGAGGACAAUGCCCCUUUCUAUCGAGCAACCAUCUUCUCCAACUAUUCCCCUUACAACCAGCCCGACGAGUCAGUAAAGCUGCCAACGCUGCAGCUUGCUAACGGCGAGAAGCCUGCCUCCACUGACGAAUCUGGCCCCUAUUGGUCCAUCAUGCUGGAGGUCUCCGAAUCCUCAUACAAGCCCGUCAACCAGGACACUUUGCUGGCCGACAGUAUCCAGGGUCUCGUCAACACAGAGCUACUCCGGCCCGAAGAUGAAAUUGUCAGCACCUAUGUUCGUCGUUUUGACCAUGGCUAUCCCACUCCCAGCUUAGAGCGUAAUGGCGCUCUAACUGAGAUCCUUCCUUAUCUCCAGAGCAAGAAUAUUCUUUCCCGCGGCCGCUUUGGCUCAUGGAAGUACGAAGUCGGGAACCAGGACCAUAGUUUUAUGCUGGGUGUUGAAGCCGUCGAUCACGUCGUCUCUGGUGCUGUUGAAUUGACUUUGAAUUACCCUGACUUUGUUAACACUCGUCGCAACACCGAGCGCCGACUGAAGGGCAUGACCACCGUCAUCCGAUAA